AUGUACCACUACUCUAGUCCACCUCCCUCUGGGUGGCCCUCCUUCGACUACAUGAACUCUCCCCCGACCUCUCCUCACUACGCCUACUAUGCGAACCAGUUCACCAACCCCUUUGUUUCGCCACGAGGUCCGACGAAGCGCCAUGGCCGCAAGGCAAGUUAUGCAGCGCCUCCCUCUGUAUACACCCAUGGUUUCUACGGCGCAAUGCCCGAAUUUGGCACCCCGUCCAAACACGAAAAUGUCCCUGUUUUUGAUGACGUUGAUGCCGCCAAGUGGUCGCGCGCCCGCCGCCAGUCAACUUCUACCCGGAACCCAUCCAAGCCGAAACCCGCGACAGCGUCGAAACCCCCACCCAAGGCCACCGAGGAGGAUGCCGAGCGCGCAGGAAUCCCGCCGGGCUACUCAAUAAAGAACUGGGAUCCGACCGAAGCGCCGAUCAUCCUGCUCGGCAGUGUGUUCGACGCCAACUCGCUCGGCAAGUGGAUCUACGACUGGACUGUUUUCCACCACGGCGCCUCAACCCCAAUGGCCGAUGUCGCAGGCGAACUCUGGCUGUUGCUAAUUAAACUUGCUGGUAAAGUAAAGAGGGCGGCGGAAUGCGUGGAUCGGGUCAAGGACAUCGAUUCGCAAGAAACCGUGGAGGACUUUUUGGAAAGCGGGAAGCGGCUGUGGUCGCGCUUCAAGAAGCUGCUGAGGACGUGCGAGCAGUUCAUGUGGAAGGCGGCCAAGCGAGAAGGUGGGAAGUCGGUGUCGAUGGGCCGCAACGCAGGCUGUGAAUUUGUCGAGUCGAUCUUUGGUCGCGACCGUGAGUUGGAGAAUACGGAGAAGCUGAUGAACAGUAUCCGUGUAUGGAAUAUGCGAUUUGACGCAAACUGCGACGACAUACUGCGAAAGCGAACCGCUUAG